UAUAAAUAUGAGAGCUGUCUCCGUACUCUUCACCGACAAACUAAUGGUUGCAGUGUCUUUUUCUACAAUCAACUGAAAAUGGAAUCAGAUUCACGUCCCUCGAAAAUUUUGCUUCUAUCCCUUCUUCGCGCCGGGCACAUGGUCCCGCUCUUCGAAGUGGCUCGACUCUUCGCUGUCCGCGGCGAACACGUCACAUUCAUCACCACCCCAGCUAACGCCACCAUGCUCCAGGAAACCGUCGACAAGGAUGUCGCCGCCGGCCGCCACGUAGCCCUCCACAUCAUCCCCUUUCCCUCCAAGGAAGUCGGCCUCCCCGAAGGCAUCGAGAACCUCGUCCAUGGCAAAGACCUGGACACCGCCGCCAAGCUUCACAUGGGCACGUAUCUCCUCCAACAACAGAUCGAACAAUUCCUGGAUGAGUGCCCCCCAGACUGUAUCAUCUCCGACGUGCACCACCCGUGGACCACCGAUGCUGCUGCCCGCCUCCGCAUCCCCCGACUCGUCUUCCAUGGCACGUCCGCGUUCGCCCGCUGUCUCGAAGAAGCAGUGCGCCGUCCCGACUCGCCACAUCUCAUGGCCAAGUCCGACUACGAGCCGUUUGUCAUCCCGAGCCUGCCCGAUCCCAUCACCAUGAUGCGGUCUCAGCUCCCGGGCUUCAUUCUCAAACCAGACAGGUACACCCAAUUGGUUGAGCAGUGGGUGGACGCCGAAUUGAGGAGCUACGGCACCGUGGUGAACAAUUUCUACGAACUUGGACCUGCUUACACCGACCUUUACAAGAAGCUAAUGGGCCACAAUGUCUUCAAUCUUGGCCCUGUGGGGCUUAUUCAGCAGAACAGUGGAGAGAAGGCGCAGAGGGCACACAAGGCGGUGAUUGGAGAGGAGGAGUGCCUCGCUUUUCUAAAUUCCAAAACACCUAGUUCAGUCCUCUAUAUUUGCUUCGGAAGUGCGUGCAUAUUCCCGGAUAAUCAGCUAAUGGAGAUAGCGUGUGGGCUAGAAGCAUCGGGCCAUAACUUCAUGUGGGUUGUGUUUGGCAAAGACGAUGAAAAAGAAGGAGAGAAAGAGAAGUGGCUGCCAAAGGGGGAGGGGAUGAUAAUAAAGGGAUGGGCCCCACAGUUGUUAAUUUUGGACCAUCCCUCGGUGGGUGGGUUCUUGACUCAUUGCGGUUGGAACUCGGUGAUCGAGGGGGUCACCGCGGGUCUGCCCAUGAUCACGUGGCCUUUGUACGCUGAACACUUCUUCAACGAGAAGUUGGUGACCCAGGUGAUGGGAAUAGGGGUGGGGGUGGGGAAGAAAAACUGGAGUCAGUGGGUGUGGGACUUUCCCGAGAAUGAGGUGGUGGGACGGCUAACCAUAGAGGACGCAGUGAGGAGGGUGAUGGAUGCUGGAGAUCCAGCCGCGAAGAUGGUAAGAGAGAAGGCGAGAGCAUUGGGAAAGAAGGCACGUGAAGCCGUGGAAGAAGGUGGGUCUUCUUAUCAGAAUUUGACGGUUCUGAUUCAAGAACUGAAAGAUCGAGAAAAGAGAGGCUGA